GAAUUAGCAAAAUAAAAUAAAAUAAAAUUCGUCCUCUCUCUCUCUCCUCUUUCUCUCUCUCUCUCUCUCUAUAGGUACAAAACAUACAUCGAGCUCUGGAGGUAAGUUUUGGAUGCAUUAGUGAGAAAUUCGGAUCCCCUUACUCACUGAUCGGAUCUGAGUGAUCGCGGUGGUGAAAGAUGUUGACCAAGUUUGAAACGAAGAGUAACAGAGUGAAGGGGCUGAGCUUCCACACUAAGAGGCCGUGGAUCCUCGCGAGUCUUCACAGUGGUGUGGUCCAGCUAUGGGACUACCGUAUGGGGACGCUCAUUGAUCGAUUCGACGAGCACGAUGGGCCUGUUCGCGGCGUCCACUUCCACAAAUCUCAGCCCCUCUUUGUGUCUGGAGGGGAUGAUUAUAAGAUUAAAGUUUGGAACUAUAAGAUGCAUAGGUGUCUUUUUACUCUUCUCGGGCACCUUGAUUAUAUCCGUACGGUGCAGUUUCACCAUGAGUACCCAUGGAUUGUGAGUGCCAGCGAUGACCAGACUAUUCGUAUAUGGAACUGGCAGUCACGAACUUGUAUUUCAGUGUUGACAGGGCACAAUCAUUAUGUCAUGUGUGCCUCAUUCCAUCCUAAAGAGGACCUUGUUGUAUCUGCCUCUCUAGAUCAGACUGUCCGUGUUUGGGAUAUUGGUUCCCUGAAAAAGAAGACCGUAUCUCCCUCAGAUGACAUUCUGCGACUAAGUCAGAUGAACACAGAUCUUUUUGGCGGUGUUGAUGCUGUUGUUAAAUAUGUCUUGGAAGGGCAUGAUCGUGGUGUCAAUUGGGCUUCAUUCCACCCCAACCUGCCUCUGAUUGUCUCAGGAGCAGAUGAUCGCCAAGUUAAAUUGUGGCGGAUGAAUGAUACAAAGGCUUGGGAAGUGGAUACCUUGAGAGGGCACAUGAAUAAUGUUUCAUGUGUCAUGUUUCAUGCCAAACAGGACAUAAUUGUAUCCAACUCGGAGGACAAAAGUAUACGUGUCUGGGAUGUAACAAAGCGGACUGGCAUUCAAACUUUCCGAAGAGAGCAUGACCGUUUUUGGAUUCUUUCAUCUCACCCUGAAAUGAAUCUGUUGGCAGCUGGUCAUGACAGUGGCAUGAUCGUAUUUAAGCUAGAGAGGGAACGACCAGUCUUUGCAGUGAGUGGUAAUUCUCUGUUCUAUGCUAGAGAUCGCUUUUUGCGGUACUAUGAAUUUUCAACCCAAAGAGACACACAAGUUAUUCCCAUUCGACGCCCUGGUUCCACCACUUUAAAUCAAAGUCCAAGGACUCUUUCGUACAGUCCUACAGAAAAUGCAGUUCUUAUUUCCUCAGACUUGGAUGGGGGAUCUUACGAAUUGUAUAUGAUAUCCAAAGACAGCAUGAGUAGGGGUGAUAGUCUACAAGAUGCAAAGAGAGGUGUUGGAGGUUCAGCUGUGUUUAUUGCACGGAAUAGAUUUGCUGUGCUUGACAAAAGCAAAAACCAAGUCUUGAUUAAGAAUAUGGCAAAUGAGGCUGGUAAACAGAUACCCCUUCCUUUUGCUGCUGAUGCCAUAUUCUAUGCUGGAACAAAUAAUUUGCUGUGUAGAGUUGAAGACAAAGUGGUUAUAUUUGAUCUGCAGCAGAAGAUUAUUCUUGGUGAAAUUCAAACCUCCUUCAUCAAGUAUGUUGUUUGGUCCAAUGACAUGGAAUGCGUUGCCUUGCUCAGCAAGCAUGCCAUUAUCAUUGCCAGCAAGAAGCUUGUGCACCAGUGCACUCUUCAUGAGACAAUUCGUGUAAAGAGUGGUGGCUGGGAUGACAAUGGUGUUUUCAUUUACACGACUCUAAAUCACAUAAAAUAUUGCCUCCCUAAUGGAGACAGUGGAAUAAUCAGAACCCUAGAUAUUCCUAUUUACAUUACGAAGGUUUCUGGAAAUACUAUCUUUUGCUUGGAUCGGGAUGGGAGAAACAGGGCCAUAGUUAUUGAUGCUACGGAAUACAUUUUCAAGCUAUCCCUAUUGAAGAAGAGAUAUGACCAUGUAAUGAGCAUGAUAAGGAACUCACAGCUAUGUGGGCAGGCAAUGAUUGCUUAUCUGCAACAGAAGGGGUUCCCCGAAGUUGCCCUCCAUUUUGUGAAAGAUGAAAGAACCAGAUUCAAUCUGGCUCUGGAGAGUGGGAAUAUUCAAAUUGCAGUUGCAUCCGCUACAGCAAUUGAUGAAAAAGACUACUGGUAUAGGUUAGGGGUGGAGGCUCUUCGCCAAGGCAAUGCGGGUAUCGUGGAGUAUGCCUACCAGAAGACUAAAAAUUUUGAAAGGCUGUCUUUCCUUUAUCUCAUUACUGGUAAUAUGGAAAAACUGUCCAAGAUGCUGAAAAUUGCUGAGGUUAAGAAUGAUGUUAUGGGUCAGUUCCACAAUGCACUGUAUCUAGGUAAUGUCAAGGAGCGUCUUAAGAUCUUGGAGAAUGUUGGCCACUUGCCCCUUGCUUACAUCACAGCUUCAGUUCACGGCCUACACGAUGUUGCUGAAAGGCUAUCUGCAGAGUUGGGAGAAAAUGUUCCAACUUUGCCGCAGGGGAAAGUGCCCACUCUUUUAAUGCCCCCUAACCCAAUUAUGUGUGGUGGUGAUUGGCCUCUUCUUAGAGUCAUGAGAGGUAUUUUUGAAGGUGGAUUGGAUAAUGUUGGCAGGGGAGUGGUGGAUGAAGAGGAUGAAGCUGUUGAUGGUGAUUGGGGUGAGGAGCUGGACAUGGUUGACGUUGCUGGCUUGCAAAAUGGAGAUGCCACUGCAGGAUUAGAAGAUGAGGAAAUGGGUGAAGGACAUGAGGAAGAGGAAGGAUGGGACCUUGAAGAUUUGGAGCUCCCCCCUGAAGCUGACACACCAAGGGCUUCUGUAAAUGCUAGUUCAUCGGCUUUUAUUGCUCCAACUACUGGCAUGCCUGUAAGCCAGAUUUGGAUCCAGAGAUCAUCUCUUGCUGCUGAACAUGCAGCAGCUGGCAAUUUUGACACGGCAAUGCAUUUACUGAAAAGGCAACUUGGAUUCAAAAACUUUGUUCCUUUAAAACCCAUGUUUCUUGAUCUUCACACUGGCAGCCACAGCUAUCUACGUGCCUUUUCAUCUGCUCCAGUAAUAUCUCUGGCGGUUGAGCGCGGGUGGAAUGAAUCUGCUACCCCGAAUGUGAGAGGUCCACCAGCACUUGUGUUCAAUUUUUCCCAGUUGGAAGAGAAACUGAAAGCUGGUUACAAGGCUACCACAAAUGGGAAGCUCCCUGACGCUCUUAAGAUCUUUCUGAGCAUUCUUCACACAAUUCCUUUGAUUGUUGUUGAUUCUAGGAGGGAAGUUGAUGAAGUCAAGGAGUUAAUUAUAAUAGUCAAAGAGUAUGUUUUGGGAUUACAAAUUGAGCUGAGGAGAAGGGAAACAAAAGAUGAUCCAAAACGGGAGCAGGAGCUUGCAGCUUAUUUCACACACUGCAAUCUUCAAACGCCUCACUUACGGCUUGCCUUGAUUAGUGCACUGACUGUUUGCUACAAGGCAGGGAACAUUGCCACCGCAGCUAACUUUGCCAGGCGGCUGUUGGAAACCAACCCCACCAAUGAGAUUCAAGCAAAGAAAGCUCGGCAAGUGCUGCAGGCUGCAGAAAGGAAUAUGACUGAUAAAUCUCAACUGAACUAUGAUUUCAGAAACCCAUUUGUGAUUUGUGGGGCAACAUAUGUACCAAUUUACCGAGGACAGAGGGAUGUCUCUUGCCCAUAUUGUAGCUCACGGUUUGUGGCAACUCAAGAAGGGCAGUUAUGUACUGUUUGUGAUCUUGCAGUGGUUGGGGCAGAUGCUUCUGGGUUGCUAUGUUCUCCUUCUCAGGUUCGAUAAUCAAGCUCACUAAGAAGGAUUCAUCCUUUUGGAAGCGGAAGUGGUCAUAUCAGUUGACCAAAUCUGUCAGUUAAUUGACAAUGACGAGCUAGAGAAGGGGCGGUUGUCUUGUUUUUGUCAACAUUGGUGAUAUCUUGUUUUUCCGACCGAAGGCAAAUGCAAUGGUGUAUUUACUCCUAGACAACAUUUAAAUACUUUGAGCAAAAUUUUGUUUUGAUUGAAAUGGUUUUGUAGUAUUAAAGUGGAGUAUCGCGUUGCGCUCACAGUUUUUGAAGGUAUAGUUACUUUUAAACGUCCAGGAUUACAGUUACAGUUUGUUCUUAUAAUAUAAAUCAUAAUCGUAUUUGAAAGAUUAUUGUUUUA